AUGUCGACGUUGACUGAUUCCCACGUGGCGUCGAAAGAUGCCCAGGUCCACGGGAGCCCGGGAGGAGGCGCCGUCAAGCGAGAGGACGCCCAUGAGGCACCCGUGGGCGACAAGUCUCCGGGUGUGCUCCGUAUGGAAGCCCUCUCGUCGGUCAUGACGCGGGCCGAUCGCAUCUUCAUCUUCAUCGGCGUCUUUCUUGUCGCGUAUGCGUACGGCCUCGAUGGGACCCUGAGGUAUACCUACCAGCCCUAUGCGACGGCGUCUUUCGCCAGUCAUUCGCUCCUGGCGUCCAUCAAUGUUCUGCGCGCCGUCAUCGCCGCGGCGGCCCAGCCCACCGCCGGCAAAAUUGCCGAUGUCUUUGGUCGCGUCGAGCUCGUCUGCCUGUCCGUUUUCUUCUAUGUCAUCGGCACCAUUGUCGAGGCCACGGCCACCAACGUGGAGACGUUCGCCGGGGGCGCGGUCCUCUACCAGAUUGGGUAUACCAUGAUCAUCCUCCUGGUCGAGGUCAUCGUUGGCGACAUCACCUCCAGUCGGGCCAGGUUGCUGUUCAGCUACAUUCCCGCCCUGCCCUUCCUCAUCAACACCUGGGUGAGCGGCGACAUCGCCGCUGCCGUCCUGAAAGCCACCACGUGGCACUGGGGUGUGGGCAUGUGGUGCAUCAUUUACCCCGUGUGUGCUCUUCCGCUCAUCAUCAGCUUAUCCCUUGUCGGACGACGGGCCCGGAAACAGGGGGCUCUGGACUCGUACACGUCAUCUUUUCAACAGUUGGGCUGGCAGAACUUCUCUCGAGACCUGUUCUGGCGGCUCGACGUUAUCGGUAUCAUCCUCAUGAUCGCGGUUUUCGCCCUCAUCCUGGUCCCGCUAACUAUCGCCGGCGGCUUCGAAUCCCAAUGGCGCAGUGCUCAUGUCAUUGCGCCUCUAGUCGUCGGCAUCCUUUGCAUCCCCGCUUUUGUCUUGUGGGAGCUCAGAAGCCCCUUUCCGCUUGUCCCUUUCCAUCUCAUGAAAGACCGAGCAGUCUGGGGACCCAUGGGAAUCGCCGUUCUCCUCAACUUCUGCUGGUACAUGCAAGGCGACUAUUUGUAUACCGUGCUCAUCGUCGCCUUCGACUUCAGCAUCAUCGACGCCACGCGCAUUACCUCGCUCUACUCCUUCGCCAGCGUCCUAGCCGGCUUCCUCCUCGGCUUCAUCGUAUACAAGGUUCGCCGGCUGCGCAUCUUCAUCAUCGCCGGCACUAUGCUCUUCAUGGUCGCAUUCGGCCUUCUCAUCCACUACCGGGGGGCGCCCACCUCAUCGGGCCGUUCAGGCGUAAUCGGCGCCCAAGUCCUCCUGGGUAUCGCGGGCGGCAUGUUCCCCUACCCCGCCCAAGCCAGCCUGCAGGUCUCGCUCAAGCACGAGCACCUGGCCGUCAUGACCGGCUUGUACCUAGCGACCUAUAACAUCGGCUCCGCGUUCGGGAACACCGUCUCGGGCGCUAUAUGGACGCAGGUUCUUCCCUCGGCCCUCGAGACCCGUCUUGCGCCUUUGGGAAAUGCUACGCUCGCGUCUUUGACGUAUGGCGAUCCGUUCACCAUUGCGGCCGUGUAUCCCCUUGGCACCCCUGAGCGCACGGCGAUUGUGGACGCGUUCCAGCAUACGCAGAGGCUGCUCACGAUCACGGGUAUUUGUUUGUGUAUCCCGCUCAUUGGCUUUGCAUUUACGCUGCGGAAUCCUAAGUUGAAUGACGAUCAAAACUUAGUUGAGAAGAGGGAGGAGGGGGUGAGUGGUUUCACCGCGUAG